AUGAUACGAGCACGCAGAAGCAUGUUGGCAGGCUGUUUGUGGUGGCUCUUUGCUUCGUGGGUGCACACUCUGGCUGAUGGAAGAAACUUCAGUCAACCUUACAAGGAGCUGCCAGCAUGCCAGCCAGGUUUCUACUGCCCGCAAGGCAACUUUAGCACUGUCCCCUGCCCGAAGGGGACAUAUGGACCGACCAUUGGAGCUGUGUCCAUAGACAGCUGUCUGAAGUGUCCUCCCCAACACUACUGUCCUCGUCCUGGGCUGUUUGCCCCCUUGCCUUGUGGUCCGGUAGCUCAGCAGCCUCUUUCUGGCCAAGACACAUGUACCUGCUCGGGAGAAGGGCAGAUUUUUCAGACCAGUGAUGGGCGCUGCCACUGUACUAUCGGCUAUGAAGUGACCAGCAACGGAGACCUUUGUGUGCAACAGCUGUACAGCGUCUGCAGAGAUGGGAAAUCUCGGACGCAAUAUGGAGACUGCUUUGACAAAUAUCAGUGGUCGCUUCACUGCAGACGGGAGGUGUGCCAAACUGAGGAGGAUUACCGUGGCUAUGACAGGCAGCUGGGUCUUUGUGUUUGUAGAGAAACCUCUGGCAGAGCUGCAUGCAGCGGACUGUGCAGGGGAAAGCCAGCUGCUGAACUUAAACUCCACUGCCAUUCAGAUGGAGAUAUGGAACUUGUGUGGAGCUAUAACGCGAAGGUUUUGGGUGUCUCAGGCAGUGUGCUGGAGAUGAUUUUUAAACAGUGGGACUCCCAGGGGAAUCUGCAGUGCAACAGCCAUCUCAGCUCCUCACGUCCUGUCUACAUUGUUCAAACAACAGAGGCAGGAUUCUUUGGCCUCCUCAGUGGUCUCCCAGAGGAGCUUCAGCGACUGUUUCCUGACAGCACACAGUGGGACUCACAGAGCUCAGCUGACGGAGAUUAUGAUUCCUCGCUUGAGGUUACCAGUCUUGGACAAAUCAGUCAUAGAGAGGGAGAAAUAGAUUCAGGAAAGUGGAAAGAAGAUGAGAGUGAUAUUGUGGAAAAAGUGAAAUUAUCCAAAGUAUCUGGAGUUCUGAACCCAACAACAUGCUUACAUCAGGGUGAUAUUUUACUGUUCACCGUUGACACUCAUCACUACCCACAGUAUGACAUGAAAAACUUGUAUAACACAAACAGAGACUUUGACUGGGGUGUUUUCAGACUGCUUAAAGAAGAGAUGACGCUGUCCUGGGCUCCUCCCAGCUUCUUCUCGGUCGUCUUUAGUCAGCCUGGAGUUUACGUUUUUACACUGAGCAGCCAUCCACACAAACACAUGUAUGUGCGAGUGAUGCCUGCAGGUGGCCAGUGUUAUGAGUCAGGUCCCUUCUUCCCCGCCCUUCCACGUCAUGUGACCAGGAUGGGAAUCAGCAGGAGACGAGACCUUUUACUCCGUCCAGACUGGCUGGUGACUGGAGGACUACUUUUUGGGGCUGUGGUCAUCCUCUGUUUAUGUGUUACACUGCUGGUUAGUGUACACAAACUGCCACAAGAUGCUAAAAACACAUUUACAAUCCUUAUUCGUGAGUAUGGAUGGCCGGAAAAAGAGACCAUCAAAAGGCAAUAUCGCCUACGGCAGUUGGCAUAUAAAAUGGAUGACUAUGCAUCAAAAGGCUCGAGGGUGAUCUCCCUUAGGAAGACUCACCGCAAACAAAAAGCUGGAAUGGCACAAGACUUUGUUGAGCCAGCCUACGCGGGGAUUUCAGAGGAGUUUUGGGAUUAUGAACAACAAGUGGAUCUGGAGGCAUUUAACAGCAACACCUUCUACACCAUCCUGCUCAAACAAAGCCUGGCUGUCACUACACGUCUGGGGCAGCUCACCACCGAGGUAAAGGAGCUAUAUCAGGGAGUGCUUGGAAAAUUGAAGCUACUCCACCCACGCAUGAUUCCUGAGGAGAGAGUGGGGGACGGUUAUGAGAGGAUAAGGAGGGAGAUGGAGAGAGAGGUGGCACGACGAAAGACUUUAGCUUCCCAGAUGAGGACUCUGCUGGAGAGUCAGUUGCAGCUUUUGAAGAGUGAGCAGCAGGCCAAGCUGAGGGUCUACAGCACAUUCAUGUCUCAGCUCAGAGAGUGCACAAGGAUCUUGUCCAAAGUUUGCAGCCCUCAGCCCUCCUUUGAGACGCAGCACCAAAUUGUGACUGAGAAGUUAAUGUCCGUCAUGGAAGACAUGGGGGAACUUUUGUCUGCAGAAUGCCAUCGCCAGGGUGCGUGGGGGUUGUUGGGGGAGGGCACAGGGGCCAAGCUGCUCUGCCCUGACUCUGGAACUGUUCUGACCAAAGAUGACAUCUUUAGUCCUGAUGGAUCUUUGUGUCUGUCGCGGGUUGUCCACUGUGAUUCUGUCACAGGCCUUGUACACCCCAACGCUCACAGCCACAUGCUGCUGAGCAGCGGCCAUUCCAUGGCAGUGCCACCGGAUUUCUUCGUCCACCCUCAGACUGGCAGAGUUAUGCCAAUUGCUGGCAAUGUGGCCUUUGAUCCUACCAGCUCCACGUUAGUGCCCACCACAGACCUUUGCUCAGGUGACAACAGAAAGUGGGACAGUCCCCUCCUUCCUUUCAUUCCUUACCCAACCAUUUGCCACUCUGAGCAGCCUCUGCCCAAAAUGAGACUCAAAGGCCUCAGACUGGGUCAGAGGCUCCAGUUGGGUGCUGCUAUGACAGACCCAGACACAGGAGUGCCAGUCCCCAUUCUGGCAGUAACCAUCCAUCCACAAACUGGAUUAGUGUACCCUCUUGGCAGACUGCAUGUCUGCCCACUCACCCGCCUGCCUCAGCCCAUACAGAUUGGUUAUCCCAUACUGGAUUCGAGGACGGGGAACAUUGUGCUCACUGUCGGGGUCAGUUUAGAUCCUGUAACAGGAGAUGUGCUGCCAGUAGGUGGAGUUUUGCUUGCUGAAUCCUUCAUUGAACCACUGAGUGGGCGUAUGAUGAAGGUGGGAGGGGCCAGCCUCAGGGCCGGACAUCCAGUGCCAAAUGCAGGAGGAUAUCAAAUUUUGCUCGAUAGCAAGGUCCUGGCUGCGAUGCUAAAGGUUUUGGAUCUUUUGAAGUCUUUAACUGAGGAGUGUGGCUCAGAUCCAACAUUCCAACAUCUGCAGCCCAAUUCAAAUAAUGAGAACGCAAUUAAUCAACAAGAUCAUCUUCUUGCUGGCACCAAGGAUCUUGAGGAUGCAUGGGGAAGGAGUCUGCACUGCCAGCUGCAGCUGCAGACUAGACUGGAGAUGUUGCUGGACUGGGCUGUUGGUGUCCAGCAGGAUGGGGGGACUCUGGGAGAGAUGCCUCUGCCAGGUUCAGACACUUGUGUACCAGCACUGCUGGGGAUGGACUACCCUGACCCAAUGGGAUCUGGCCUGGUGCCGAUCCGUUAUGGCUCUCAGACCUUGGAUCCAGUGACUGGGCUAUUGGCUCCUGUGGUUGGAGCAAGGCUGGAUGUGUCUAAGAAAACAAUUGUGGCCGUCACAGCUUCAUACUGGCUUAUGAUGGCUGAACAAAGUGAAAGUUUGCAGGUAGAAGCGCUGCAAAGUGAGAUAUGUGUGAGGAAUUCCUACUGGCAGCAGCAAAAGCAGCGCGAGGAAGAUAUUCUGACUGAUCUGGACUCAGCUGUAUUCCAGUGCCUCUUUAGAGCCACUAACACAAACUCUUAUCAGAUUCAGUGGUCAGCGAGACAACUGAGGGAAGCAAGUGUGGAACUGCAAGAUGCAGCACAGGCUGAGGCCCAGAGGAGAGCAGCUCAGCGCUCCUACUUGGCCAUGAUCCUUCCCUCACAUGUGCUACACAUCCUCACAUUGGGUGAUGAGGAGGAAUGGGACCAGCAAUGUAUUUGGCAGUCAACACUCAUGUCUGGCUUUGAUAAGGUGAAUGUGUGUAUGGAUCAGCUGGAGGACGACAAAGAGAGCUGGACAACACAGACAGAAGAGUGGUGUUCAAAACUACAUGCAACGGAAAAGGAGCUGAGACAGAGAGAGUUUUGGGAGCAGUGUUGUUCCGCACAGACAGAGUUGGACGCUGCUCUCAGUGCGCUUCAUUUUGUCAGAGUGCUUUCUCAACUGCGUGCUGACACUGCCCAGGCGGUUCUUUGUUGGAACUUUUGGUUCAAAGAGUAUGGCCUGGUCCAGCACAGAGGUCAGGGACUAAAUAAGAAGGUGAUGGGUGUGCUCCAACAGAGAGCUUUGCCUCUGCUUGAGAAACUGAACCAUCUACUGGAGGAAAAACAGCCAGCCAGCUCCUUUCCCAGCACCUGCACGCAGCACACGAAGCAGGCCUAUGGUUUGGAGAUACCUUCCAGAGUCUGGACAGCCUCUGUACCUGUGGUGAAAGGAAUAUCUACCCAGUCUUUGAGGGAGCCUGUAAAUAUUACUCAGUCCCAGGGCACUGGCCUUCAAGACAGUGUGGCAUUGACACACAAUUUACAAAGACACACUGCAUCAUCUGGGAUUCAUUCUCACGAAAGCCAGCAGAUGAAGGAAUCUGUCCAGUGUACACAUAUUGCCGUACCCACAAUCGCAGAGGAGCAGUGGGCAAGGCUGUUAGAGCUCUCUCCUUUGUUCCAGCUUUUGAAGGGGUUGGAGCUACAGCUGAAGGGCUGGGCUAAAAGGACGUGUUUAAUCAGAGGAGAUUUCCCUGAAAGUGACAAAGGGUUUAUAGAUAUCCUUGAUGCCCAGUGGGGAUGUGAGGGAGAGCUGACCCCCCUGGACUUGUCUGUCCUCAACCCCCGGGAGUUCCUGGUCUACCAACAUGGAUUAUUUCUCAUGCGCACACUGCAUGACUUAAACCUGGAGGCAGAGGAGACUCUCUUUGUCCGGCGCCAGAGGCUCCAGUCUGUUGGAGGCUUCUCCCUCAUGCUGCUUCACUGUCUAUCCCACAUCAAAGUUAAAAACAUGAGCUCUGACUCCAGUCCUGCUUUCCAGAGGAUUUUCUUUAAGGUACAAAUAACACUCAGUAUAUGGAUGGAUGUACAUAUAAGAGGUGUUUCAUUGGUUAUUUUUACAAACUCAAAUAGUGUUUUCAAUGGAAAAUUGUCAGUCUAUGUGGUGUUUAUUAAGAUUCUGCUCAAUUUUGUGUCACAGGCUCUACAGGAGUGCCUGGGAGAGCUGUUUUAUGCCAGAUUGGUCUUGCCACCCUCAAAUGAGGACGCAGAUUUGCAUGUUAACUUUUAUGAGCAAGAGGCCUUUCUUGGGGACAGAAACGAGGCUUUGCUAGGCUCACAUGCUGCCUCCCUGCUUCACAGGCUUCACAAACCAAGUAAAAGACUGCUGUCUGAAGAUAAGCACGAAAUUGAGCAACUGCAACAAAGACACAGAGAGACAUCGCUGUUCUCCCAGCUUGAGGGGCUUUUGAAAGAGAAGAGUUCUGCGAUUGCAGAGAAAGGAGAGGACCAGAUGGGGUGA